AUGCCUUUCCUCCGCUCCUUGACCUUAUCAGCCCUUGUGGGCGCGACAGCAGUACUUGCAACUGCCUUCGAAAUCAAUGAUUUCUCCUGCACAAGCAACUCAAACCCUGUUGUACACCUCGACGGUCUAGGCGCAACCUACUACGAGGACCUAAAUUUUAUGCAGUCCUGGCUUCAAACUCAAGGCUACUGCACGUACUCUUUGACCUACGGAGCCUACGACGGAUUCCCGGAAGUCGGUGGUCUUAAGCAUAUCGUGGACUCGGCGCCUGAAAUCGCCAAAUACAUCAAAAAAGUUGUCCAGAAGACCGGCAAGGGUAAGGUUGAUCUUAUCGGCCACUCUGAGGGCGCCUUCCAGACUCUAUACGUGGCAAAAUUCGAGGACGUCUCGCAUCUUAUUGACAAAGUUGUGUCUAUUGCUCCUCCCACGCACGGAACCGAUUUCGGCGGCCUCUAUAACGCGGCUCUUUCUUUUGGCGAGGCGAGUGGCACGGGCGUGAAAGACGCUCUUAACAAGGCUAGCUGUGGAGCUUGUAACGAUCUCGUCUCCGGAGGGUUGGCUAUAGAGCGACUGAAUGAUGGUAAACCUAUUGUUCAACCGGGUAAUACUGUCACUAUUAUCGCGUCUAAGUUUGAUGAAAUGGUCACACCAACGCAUACUUCUUUUGUUCAGGAGGCUGGCGUGAGGAAUCUGUAUAUUCAGGAUAUCUGUCCGCUUGACUCAGUCGGUCAUAUUGGCGAAGCCUACGAUUUGAAUGUUUGGCAAAUGGUGAAGAAUGCGUUAGAUUCAACGCCCGACCGCAAGUUUGUCUGUGUUCCAUAA